AUGGAGCGCAGUUGCGUAUCUCUGAAGGCAGCUGUGGUGGUCUGGGUACCGAACCAGCUUUGCAGGCAGAUGUAUUGUUUCAAGUACCCGCGUCGCAGCGCUGCAGGCAAGCCCCUGUCAAAUGUACAGGUGCACUUGAAGGCUAUUCCUACCAACGAUCCUGAGAAGGUCGUUGCAAAAACCGUGUCGAAUGCAUUCGGAAACCGCGCCUUCUCGCGCAAAGACGGUUACGUGAUUUGCAAGGUCCUGGCUGGUUACUCAUACCGUGUGGCUGCCACAGCCAGCGGCUACCAUGAUUUUGGGCUCAUGGGCGAGAGCCUACUGCUAACACCCAAGGAAUCUGAGAUGCUGAAGGCCGAGGUGCCUAUGAUUCCCGUUCGCAUCUCCGUGGUGAUUACACUGCGGGAGCUGCGGCCCAUUCAUCAACAUGACUCGAUGCAGCAUGACACCGCAGGCCAGGUCAACCCGUUGACCUCAAUGCCGCAGCGCCAGGAGGUCCGUUCUGGGGUGCCCCCACAGAAGGUGUCCUUCUACUCCAGCGAUGGCAUCAAAAUGGAUUUCGUGGCCACCACGGUCGAGUCCCACGACGUGCUGAUGGGUUGGCCCAGCGCGCUGGGGAACACCGCGGAAACGGCGAAGUGCACUCUGGGGGUCUACAGCACCGACAACGCCGGUCACUGCUACUUCUACGGUCCCAAGUUGGUGGCGGGGGCGGGGGCCCCGGGGGUAAAGCGCAACGCAUUGGGCCGCAAGCCCGGGCAGCGCGAGUGGACCACCAUCGAUGUGGGGCGGUGGGAGUACGCCCGCAAGUACCACCUGCGCACUAACGCCGAGUCGCCCGUGUUUAUCCUGUUUGACGACUAUUGCAAGCAAGUCGACUACCCGGCUCACGUGGCGAGGUACCCGCCGCGAGGAACCACACGGUCGCCGUCUCCACCCCGGGGGCGCUUGGCAGGGCCCCCGGGCCGGUCUAAGGAGCAGAUCAUGUCGUGCUUCUUGGAGAAUGCGGCGGAGGUGGCGGCGGCAGCGUCCAACGGCGGCAGUGUCGUAGAUCCGAAUGAGCCCACGCUGCCGUCAGUGUCCAAUGCCGAUAACGGCGAAGGUGCCGCCGUUGCCGACGAGGCCCCCGUCAGCCCCGUGCGCACGGGAUCCUGGCACGCCAGUGGCGCCGCGGCGCGCCUCAGCCGACCCGCCAGCGCAAUGUCGCGUUCUAAGUCGACGUCGCGGAAUUUGCUGCAGCAGUCUGCCGGCGGCGGUGUCGGCGGUGAAGCCGUCGGCGCAACGGCCUUUACUGCGGAGGGCGCGGAGAUGGCGUUGGACGCGGGCAGCCGCGAGGAGAUUGAUGCGGAAAUGCAGGCUUAUACGGACAACAACACCCACAAUUAUGUGGACCCAGGGCCGUACAAACUGCAGAUGAAGGACCCCUCCAGGUUGCUGAUCUUUUACACCUACAGCGGUGACGGCGAGGCUGCGGAAAUCAACCAGGCGCAAAAUGCAGUAGUGCCUUUCACCAUGCACGCCGCCGACGAGUCGUUCAUCCACCCUCGUGACGGCACUGUCAUGCGGAACACCAAUUAUCCCGUACAGCUGUACUGCCGCGCCAGGCCCUGGUUCCAGAUCGCAGUGUACGACAUGGCGACGCUGGAGGAGGUCGGCGCCAGUCACGGCCUGAGCUUUACCAUUGAGCGCCUCACCACCACCGUGGUCAGGAGCUCCCAGGACAGCCGGUCGCGAGGAGGAGGUGGUGGCGCUAAUGAGUUACAGCUGGCCCGCUCUCGGAGGCGUCGAAAUAACAUGAUGGACGACGACGAUGGGCACCCCCUGGAGUCGUACUUCGAUAGUGAUGGUGGAGGCCGCAACGAUGACUCGAUGGUUUAUCCGUACAAGCUGGAGGAGGUGGUGGAGAGCGCGACGGUGCUGCACAGCGGCACACUGGGGGGGUCGAAGGAGAAGAUGUGGAUGACACCGGGAGAGAAAUACCGCGUGUCAGUGCAGAUGCGGUCGCCAUUCCUGGAGUACAACGCGGUGCAGGUCCGCACUUGUAACUGGGAACUGGAGCCCUUCGUGUUUUAUGCGAUCAAGAAAGUGACGCAGCUGGUUGAGGUGCGGGAGAGCUACAACCAGCUGCCAAUUCCCAAUACGGAGAUUGUGGUGGAGGUCCAGGAGCCCCCUCAGGCGCCCCGGCCGCCGGUGCUCAAGCCCGAGUGGUGUGAGGACCCCAAGGCCUACGCGUACAGGGUUCUGGACCAGCUUAUUGACUAUGUGGUACAGAGCAACCGCGAGCGCGCCGCCGCGGACGAGGGCCCCGUCAAGACGUAUCGCGGCUUCACGGAUGCGGAGGGGCUGGUCACCUUUGAGAUGCCCCCCGAGGCCAGGGUUUACGUGCGCGCCGUUAACACUUCGGACUUUGAGGACACUGACGCCAGUCGGGAGGUGAAGCUGACGACCAUGGCGGAGCAGUUUGUGGGCAUCCAGCUCGAGCGGAUCACCCGCACAGCUGCCGUGGUGCUGGACAGCAACACGAACGAGGGCGUCCCGGGCUUUGAGCUGAGGGCCUAUGACGUGACGGACUACACGGACAUGCCACGUGAUGGCACCCGCAAGUCACGUCACCUGCUAGAUAUGGACAUGUUGGACGCCAUCGACACGUCUCAGAUGGAGCCCUUCGCGGUGGAGACGACAGGCCCCGAGGGCGCCAUCAACGCGCCCUUUUGCCGCCGUGCUGGUAGAGUCAUCAAGGUGGAGGUGACGCGUACACCCCGCACGCAUCACAUGCCCAGUCUGGUCAUGUCGCGCGGCAAGAACUCGAUCUACGUGGUGACGUAUGACAAACAAAGCGUCGUGUUCAAGGCGCCGCCACGGCCAAAAAUCAAGGUAUCCUGUCAUGACACGUGCACCUUUGAGGAGGUCCAUGGAGUGCGCUUUCGCAUCAUGGUGCGUCCCUUUGGGCCUCCCCCUCCCGAUAUGGCUGGUGCUGGGGGGCCAUCCCGCGGCGGCACACGCUCCCUGCGCGUCUCCGUCUCCCGCAGCAGCCACACACGCAGUCAGGCGGCCUCGGUCGUCUCGCCCUCUGUCCGUGCACCCCCCUCGGUGGCCGCAUCGGUGGGUGUGGACCCCCUCGACCCUGAUGAGCUGGCGGGGGCUGUGGAGCUGCCGAUUGGCGAGUUACCAAGCCCGGCUCUCACUGCUAUUACCACGCCCGGCGGCGGCGGCGCCGCUGAUGCGCCGACGCCCUCCCGGGAGUCAUCCUCCAUCCGCCUGUUACGUGAGCAGCACCGAGGUACCAUGGCGCAGAUUGAGGACCUUGAGAGUAAGCUGCAAGCAGCGAGUACGGACGCUGCUGGCGGCGGCAGCGACGUGCUUGCGCCGCAACGCGCGCAGCUGGAGGACCUGUUGGGUCAACUCAAGGCGGUGAUGCGGCAGCAGCAGGAACGGCUGGAUGCGAUGGUGAUGGCGAGGGAGAAGAAGAUGUUGGCGCGGGCGUCGGCGCUGGCGAUUGCGGCGGCUGACCCGGAGGCGGAGGAGGUGGAGUCGGUGUUGGAGCAGUCUACGGUUGGCGGGCGAGGCAGCCCGGAGGGCCCGGCGUCGCCGGCGUCUGGGCUCCGUGGUGCCAGCAGCAGCCGCGGCGCCGCUAGCGCUGCCGGGUCGGUGCACCGGUCUGCACACGGUUUGUCCCUGGCCGUACCCGAGCCAGCUGGCAAUGCGGCCGCGGAUAGUGGCCUCAGUCCGCCAGCCGUCGGUGCGACGUCCGUGCGGAUUCGUGAGCCGCCCUUUGCCGGUGGUGGUGCCACCGUCGGCGCCGCCGCCGCCACCGCUGCCACCAUUUUGGGGGGCGGCUACAGCGGCGUGUUCGGCGUGUUUGCCGGCGGCGUAGGCCGGGUAAUGAACCGCGCUGGCGGCGGGCAUGACGAUGACGACGAUGAGGAGGAAGCGAUUCGGAGGCUGCGUGCGGCGGAGGAGGAAAUGAUGGCGGUGUUCAAUCCGGCUCCUGAAGAGCAGGACCCCUGGGGCCGCAUCGUGUGGGACAGUGUCACCGGCAUGGAGGAGAACGACGACCUCAUUCUGGACGCGGAUUGCGAGGUGGCGGUGCAGAUUUUCCCAGCCUGGCCGUACGAUCCGCGCAGCCAGAUGCUCAAGGGCCGCUGCACGGGCCACGUCGGCCCCCCGGAGUUCCGCUUCUACCUCCCCCGCGACGGCAACGCCUUCCGUUUCUGGCUCGACCGUGACAAUGCGCUGCCCACCUUUUGGGACGAGGAGAACGUCCCUCGGCUGCCGUUCCACCCGCUGGCGCGCCUUCAACCCAGCGCGCCUCAGGAGCGCAUGCUGGCACACGCCCACCAGGAGAUGAAGCUGCUGCGGCCCGCGGCAAACGACGGCCAGGAGCGCUGGGAGGGCGGCAUGACCGGGGACGGCUCUGUCACAGGCAUCGUCGGUCAGUUCAAUGGCGCUGGCGGCACCAGCUUCUUCAUCGGCGGGCCCAAACAUGCAUGGACGCCACGGCUGCAGCUCAACUUCAACUUCAACAGCGCUGGUGGCGCCGCCGCUGCCGCCGCCGCCCGCCACCGGAUGUUCUUUGGCGGCGGCGGCGGCGGCGGCGGCCCUGAUGGCGGCGAAGGCGGCAGCUUCCUCGGCGCGCCUGGCGGCGGCGGUGCCGACGGCGGCUUGUAUGAGUGCGAGUCGGUAUUGCCGGACGGCUCCCGGGUACUUCACCGCACCAUGUCGGCGAUGCAGUUUGAUCCCAACGACAGUGGGGAAGAUAUCAAUGACCUGGCCUGGCAGCAGCUGCGCCUCUCGGAUGCGUCCUACCUGCCCCUGGAGCGCACGCGGCUGUUGCAGUUCCUGACGCGCUGGGGCUCCUUCCCCCACGUGGCGGGGGGCCACUGCAAGGCCUGCAGCGGCGUUGAGCGCCCGCCAGACACCAAUCCGCUGCUGCUGGCGGAGGCGCCGCCCACGCCGCGGUACAUGGGCGACGUGCCGCAGGCUGGCUUUGGUGUGGGCUUUUCUUCGGGCUGGUCUCGCUCCGGAGCCACCACGGGCGGUGGCGAUGACGCCGCCAGCCGGCUCGGUGGCGGCAUGUCGGUGGACGGCGCACCUGGGCCGCUGCAGCGCGGCCCGGGCGGGUUGCUGUACAAGUCGCGGCUCAUGUCGCGGCGGGAGCUGUCAGCGAGAUGGGUAUUCGAGAGCCGACCGCCGCCGCGGCCUGAGGGCCCGGCAGUACGGCGCUACGUGCCGGACCGCUUCGCCCGCACGCACGUCAUCAUGAGCAACUCGGAGGCCGUGUACUGCAAGUCGCCCUUCUUCACCUGGUGGCUUCCCAACGGCGGUGGCGUGCACGUCACCAUGUCGGAUGGUUUGUACCGGGAUCUCAUUCCGCUGAUUGAUUCGGUGGCGGUCCGCAUGCUCAACGAGGGGCGCUGUGAGGAGGGCCGCUUCCUGCUGGGGCACCAGGUGGUGGAUUCGUUCUGCGGCGGCGUCUUCAUCAUCGACGUCUCCACCGCGCAGCCCUUCUCCGGCGUGUCAUUCAUCCUUGAGCAACUCUCAAAAAUGUUCGACUACUGGGCCUCGGAAACGCCCAUGGGGGCGCCGCGGCCGCGAUUCAACAUCUUGCUGUGCAGCCGGGAGGUGAUUGAGUGCUGGCGCUCGGCGCUGGGGACCGUGUCGCACAACCUGGGCAAGCGGCUGCUUCCCUGGUACGAGGACAUCAAGUACAAGAUGCCCACGGCCCCAGGGUUCAAUAUGGUCAAGGCUCUGCGCACCGCUGGCGCCAUGGCCAAGAGCGAGGUGCCCAUCUUUCUGUUGUGUGGCGGCCUCGUGGAGAACCCGCUCAACACCCCCUCGGAGAUGUCCAAGGUGUUGUACGAGAUGCAGCUGGCGUGCCUGAACUCGCAGGCUCCCAUGCAGCCCGUGGUGGCAGUGGAGCUGUUCCCCAUGCCCCAGGCGCGACUGGAGAGCAUUGCCCAGGUCAAGAGCAGCCAGUCUGGCGACGAGGAAGUGACGGAGAAGCGCUCCAUGCCAGUGCGCAUGGUCGGCUACGACGAUGCGUCCGAGGUGUCGGUGGAGGAGGCCGCGGCGCUGGGAUCCAAUAUUUUUGCGCUGCUGGUGGAGUCCCUGAACGCCGGUCGCAUCCGUCUGCUGGAGGUAUUCCGGGAGGUGGACAAGGACGGCGACCACGCGCUGGACUGGCAGCAGCUGUACCGGCUGGUCCUGAGGCUGGUGCCAGACGCCACCCCCGCCCACGUGCGCUAUGUGCAGCUGCUUCUGGACUGCACCGGGGAUAACCUGGUGCGAUACAAGGAUCUGGCCGCGGCGAUGCGCGCCUGCGGUCGUGGCGGCAUCUCGGUGUCUCUUCGCGACAAGCUGGAGGUGCAGCUCGUGCUCCACAAGAUGGCCAUUAUGAUGCUGCUGAGCAAGGUUACCCUGGGGGAGAUGUUUGCAAAGUACGACCACGAUCAGGAUGGCUUUUGGAACGAGCGGGAGCUGUCGGCCAUGCUCAAGGAUUUCUUCCCGGGUCUGCGGCCCGCGGAGCACCAGCUGUUGUUCGACGCCUGGAAGGGCGUGGACAAGAACCAGGACGGUCGCAUCAGCCUGGACGAGUUCAACCGCGCCUUCAGCAGCGGCGGUGUGCCGGGUCUGCCGGGCAGCAGCAUCCUAUCGCACCCCGACCAGAUCCAGCGCAUGAAGGAGGCGGGCGAGCUGGACGAUUUUACGAUUAUGGCCAUGAAGGCUACUGAGGAAAACAAGCGCCUGGACCGCGUGAGGGCGGUGGGCUUCCCGCUGAGUGAGACGUUAGUACGGGUGGCGGGCGCCACACGGGGCGUGCAUCGACGACUGGACCUGGGCCGCGCCCGUGCAUUUGCGGACCGCAUUGACAUGCGGCCACUGGAAGCGGUGCGGGAGUCGCUUAACAACAACCUGCAGCAGCUGCUCGCGUUUGAGGAGGCGUACGGCAAGCAGCUGACGUACGAGUUCCACCAUGGGCGCGCUCUCCGCAGCUCCCGAGCCAUCCCAGGUAGCCUCACCGCCGACCCGCCCUCCCCCUCCCCCUCCCCUUCCUCGGCGGGCCGCCUCACGCGACCCUCUAAUAGCGCCAGGGCGCGCAUCGGCAGCGCUAGCUCCAACUCCCCUUUCGCGGCCACAACGGGUGCGGCAGCCGCGGCAGCAGCUUCCUCGGCGUCGCCGAGCCAGGGCGGCGCAUCCCCCUCCCGGCCCCGCUCCGCCGCACGAUCCCGCCCAUCCUCCCGUCCACGCUCCGCCGCGACGGCUCUGUCCGCCUCGGUGUCCGCCAUUCCCGGCGCCGGCGCCAGCCGCCCCGCCAGCGCUGCCGCUGCAGCUGGCGGCAGCGGCGGCGGCAGCGCCCGCAGCUCCAGACCCACAUCGGCAUCCAAGACCCGUCCGCCGCCGCCCGCGGUGGCGGCGUGGGUGGCGUCGGCGAGCGCCUCUGACGAUCCCCACCUCCGGAAGCUGGCCGCCAUCGACCCGGAGGCCAGCGGCGGCGGCGCCGCCGCCGUGGGCAGUCCCGGCAGUGUUAGCAUGCCGCCGAUCGGCCGGGAGAACAGCUCCAAUGGCAGCCACCCCUGGACACAAGGAGGUCACGGCGGUGGUGCCGUACUCAGCCGGGAGCUGUCCAACCGGAGCAGCUUACUGGCGGGGAUGUCGCCAGGCGAAGGCGGCGGCGGCAGCGGCGACGACCCGCGGCUGACGGGGCGACAGGAGUACCGCCCGCCGUCGGAGCGGUCGCUGCAGCGGCCGCGUGCAUCGUAUGGCAGCCGCGAGCCGUCACGUGGACCGUCGGCGGAACCGAGCGGUGCGAGCAUGGGCGGCGGCGCCGCCGCGGAAACUGGUGGCGGUGGCGGCAGUCAGACGUCGCGACCGUCGAGCGCGCCGGCGCGGCGUCGCGGUGGCAGCGGUGCAGCGUCAACGGCGGAUUCGGCCGUCAGCGCUAGCAUGGCGAUGCCGCCGCUGGCGUUCAGCCGCCUGCCGUCGGCGGCGGCGCGCAGGUCCUUGCCGCUCAAGACGGCCACGAUAGGGUUCGACGCCGACGACGCCGACGGGCUGCCUAACAUCCCCGAUCCCAACGCCUCCCCCGGCGGCGGCUUCGUGGGUCACCCCAGCAGCGGCGGCGGUGGCGGCGCAGGCGGCCGGCCCAUGUCAGCCACGCGGCGUUCCGGGACGCGGUGGUAA